CCCGAAGCUCCAUGAGACGGACCCCACAUUUCUUACAAGCAUGUUGUCUGCACUGCAGUGUCUCCUGUUGUUCCAUCUCAUUUUUAUUCUACGUUUUUACUCGAGCGCCGAUGAAGUCCCACUGCUGGAACUGCUGGAUCUACCGCGGCACAGUACAGAGUAUGAAAUUGUAGCUCCAUAUGAGGUGGAUCCUCAGGGGCAGUACAUCUCGCAUGCGGUCGCCCACCAUCACCGGAGGAAACGGUCAACGAUUGAUCCCAAUGGGCCGGUCCACUUCAAAGUGCAUGGCCUGGGACAGGACUUUCACUUGGAACUGCAACCCUCAAGUGGUCUGUUAGCGCCUGGGUUUAUGAUCCAGACCCUGGGACGUAAUGGCACUAAAAGCGUACAGGUCUAUCGGGAGGACGACCGCUGCUUUUACCAGGGGUCACUGAGGUCAAGCGCUGACUCCCUGGUGGCGUUGGCAACAUGCGCAGGAAUGUCAGGUUUGAUCAGAACGCAAGAUGCUGACUACUUCUUGAAGCCUCUACCUGAAGACCUAGUAUUAAGACAGAACCUCACUGUACCCACUGGUCACCAUCCACACAUCCUCUGCAAGAGGUCCACUGAUACGCACAGAGAUUUGGAUCACAGCAAGGUCACCAGGGAAGAUGGACAUCAGCAGCAUCAUCACCAUGGCGACUACAAACACGGCCAGUGGCAGAAACAGCACUACUGUGGAAGACGGAAGAAAUACAUGCCUAAACCUCCAGAAGAAAACAUCUAUAUAUUCCCGGAUGAGUAUAACUACAUGUUACGGAGUAAGAGAGCAGUUAUGUUCAAGGAUCAGGCGCAUCAGAAGCUCAAUGUAGAAACACUGGUGGUAGUGGACAGGAAGAUGAUUGAGAAUCAUGGACAUGAUAACAUUACCACCUAUGUGUUGACAAUACUCAAUAUGGUUUCCACCCUUUUCAAAGACGGAACAAUAGGAGGUAACAUCAACAUUGUAAUCGUGGGCCUCAUUCUGCUGGACGAGGAUCAGGAUGGAUUGGCCAUCAAUCACCACGCAGACCACACUCUGAACAGUUUCUGCCAGUGGCAGUCAGGGCUCGGUGGGACGGAGGGGAGGCGACACGAUCACGCCAUCCUGCUCACUGGCCUGGACAUCUGCUCCUGGAAGAACGAGCCCUGUGACACCCUGGGUUUCGCCCCGAUCAGUGGAAUGUGCAGUAAGUACCGAAGCUGCACCAUCAAUGAGGACACAGGGCUUGGGCUGGCCUUCACCAUUGCCCACGAGUCAGGACACAACUUCGGAAUGGUCCACGACGGGGAGGGGAAUGUCUGCAAGAAGUCUGAGGGCAAUAUCAUGUCUCCAACCCUAGCAGGUCACAAUGGCGUCUUCUCGUGGUCGGCGUGUAGCAGACAGUACCUUAGCAAGUUUCUCAGCUCCACACAGGCCUUGUGCCUUUCCAAUGAGCCCCGGUCAAUGAAUGAGUACAAGUAUCCGGAGAAGCUGCCCGGAGAGCUGUACGAUGCUGACACCCAGUGUAAGUGGCAGUUUGGGAAGAAGGCUAAGCUGUGCACUCUGGAUUUUAAGAAGGACAUCUGCAAGGCUCUAUGGUGUCACCGUGCUGGGAGGAAAUGCGAGACCAAAUUCAUGCCUGCAGCUGAAGGCUCAAAAUGUGGCCCAGAGAUGUGGUGUCGUCGCGGUCAGUGUGUAAAGCAAGGAGACGAGGGACCCAGGCCAGUGGAUGGUCAAUGGUCAGAGUGGUCAACCUGGUCUGACUGCUCUCGGAGCUGUGAGUCAGGAGUGACCUACAGAGAGAGACAGUGCAAUAACCCAAGACCAAGUUAUGGGGGUAAGUUUUGCGAAGGCUCCUCUCGCUUUUACAAGCUGUGCAACACGCAAGACUGCCCCAAAGGCAGCACGGACUUCCGUGCUCAGCAGUGUGCCGAGUUUAACAGCAAGCAGUUCCGCGGCUGGUACUACAAGUGGAAGCCUUACACGCGAGUAGAAGACCAGGACUCUUGCAAGCUAUACUGCUAUGCAGAGGGCUUUGACUUCUUCUUUGCCCUUUCCAGUAAAGUGAAGGACGGAACCCUUUGUUCAGAAGACAGCUCCAACGUGUGCAUUGAUGGCUUGUGUGAGAGGGUAGGCUGUGAUCGUGUUCUAGGUUCCACCGCAAUGCCUGAUGCCUGUGGUGUCUGCAAAGGAAACAACUCCACCUGCAAGAUGUACCAUGGCCUAUACACAAAGCAGCAUUACACAAACCAAUACUACGGUGUUGUCUCAAUACCAGCUGGGGCCCAUAGUAUCCGCGUACUUGAGCAGAACACAUCUAGUUCUUACCUGGCAAUCAGGAACUCGUAUCGAAAGUAUUACCUCAAUGGACAAUGGACUGUCGACUGGCCAGGAAAACACACGUUUGCUGGUACCGUGUUUGACUACAGGAGGCCUUACAAUCGACCAGAGAGUCUCACUGCUGUUGGACCAACCAAUGAAACUCUCGUUGUUGAGAUUCUCCUACAAGGCCAUAACCCUGGAGUCCAAUGGGAAUAUACGCUUAGAAAAACAGACGUCGAUAAGAAGAACCACAUAAAGCACAAUUACACCUGGGCUGUCAUUCGAUCUCCAUGUUCUGUUUCCUGUGCAGGAGGUCGAAUGAACACAAAGCCAGCGUGCUACAUGGACAUGCGGAUCCAGGUGAACACCACAUAUUGUAACCCCCGAUAUCGACCCACCACCGGCCUGGUUCCCUGCAAUACGCAGCCUUGUCCUCCAAGCUGGAGUGUAGGGGAGUGGGGCCCCUGCAGCCAGAGGUGUGGGAGAGGAGAGCAGACGCGGCAGGUGCGCUGCCUUCAGCGGACAAGCCAGAACCAGGUGGAGGUGGUGGCUGACGCUCGGUGUGCGCAGCCCAUGCCGCUACGUAGACAGACCUGCAGCGCCCAUACCUGUCCACCAGAGUGGAGCACAGGCCCCUGGUCUCAGUGCUCCCGCAAGUGCGGUAAGGGUGUGAGGAGGAGGACGGUGGUCUGUAAGAGCACCAGCCCCUCCAGCCGGGCCAGCGUCCUGCCCGACAGCUCCUGCCUUGCCUUGCCCAAGCCCAGCACCCAGGAGCCUUGUCUUCUGAAACGCUGCCAGAAGCACAAGGUCCAGUGGUCUGUCUCUCCCUGGCAGGAGUGCUCUGUAACCUGUGGAACGGGCAUUCAAAAGCGUUUGCUCAAGUGUGUGGAGAAGGAUGUUGCUGGCAAGUACAAGGAGCUCACCCCCAGGAAAUGCCAGCAUCUGCCCGCUCUACAGGUGGACCUACAGCAGUCAUGUCGCCCGGCAGACUGCCCGACCUCCAGUCCACACCUCUUACCUCAACUGGCUAAGCCCAACUGGUACACCUCUCCUUGGUCUCAGUGUACGGUGACCUGCGGUGGAGGUGUGCAGGUGCGCUCCGUGCAAUGCCUGCUUCGCGGAAAGCCAUCCACUGCUUGCCCACUGGCCUUAAGGCCAGCAGUGUCCCAGGUCUGCAACACACACUUCUGCCCAGAGCUGGAAAGGAAGGAUGUGUUCUGCACUGAUUCCUUCAGCUGGUGUUACUUGGUCCCCCAGCAUGGAGUCUGCAACCACAAGUUCUAUGGAAGGCAAUGCUGCAAGUCAUGUUCUUACUCAAACCUAUGAGAGCAAAGAGAAUUAGCCAAAAUGUUUCGGAAGAGGACAUAUGUCGAACUGUAUUUUAUUUAGGUUGUGCGCAAUCAUGCAAGGUUUAAAGGACGUUUUGGCUUGGAACAUAAUCGUGCACCGAAGUCGGUGACAUUUACACACAAUUGAUGGACAAGAGGGUGCCCUCUGAGCUGAAGAGGACUUCAUGCAGGCAUGGUCCAAAUCGCAAGUCUUAAUAGCGUGGCACCCCCUCAUCACGUCCCUCUCUGAGAAAAGGCUUUCCUGUGGACUCUCAGCAGGCAGAGCGGAGCAGACUGCACGCCAUUUGCGGCCCUUGGAAGUUCCCCUUUUCUUCUGGGUCACACGGAACCGCCUCUGGAGAUGCGUGAUCCUUGCUCUCGGAGGGCUCGCAAAAGUCCUGGCGUCGUGUCGUGCUCAAAGCGCUGCGUUUCAUGUCGCAGAGGUCUGAGGCCUACUCUUUGUGCGAGGCGGGCCCUGAGCCACUGCAGUAGGACUGCGCGGCAGCUGCGUAGAGACAUCUGCGAACAUUUUCCGAGACGUCUCAAAAGGCAGAUUCAAAAUUGCUGCUUAUGCAUUUUUUUGUGUGCUUUUUUCCAAUUGUUUUCCUAAUUGCGCUUUACUUCUGAAAGUUAGCUGUAGAAUUUCCAUAAUUUGAUUUCUUCUUUCUCAUAUGGCUUCGUAAACGCAUCCAGGACAGUUAUGACAUGGUGCUGUUUUAAAGUGCUCGUUUUCAGCAAAGUAAUAGAAUGCUAAAAAGUCAGCCUUGCCACCAGCAUGUUCAAAAGGUUAAAAAGCAUGAAAGUGGUUCAAGUAUCAAAACAUGAAGUAAAGGUGUAUUGCCAGCUGCUGCGAACGAUAAUCUGUACACCACGUGAUGUGCAUUUUCAUUCACAUGCAUCCAGUCGCGAUGUCAGCAUUAAUGAUUCCGGGUAUCCACUUCAGAAAAAGUUUGAGUGAAGCAGAAAGUGAGAUAUGAAAAAAUGUCACAAAGCAUGAAGGUAACAACAAAAUGGG